AUGGCAGACAAAAGUCAAGUGUGUUCAGUAUGGGUGGGAUCGGAAACAGGGAUAUUAAAAGGUAAAAAUUAUGUAUCUCAGUAAACUUAGCCAUGUUGUCCUUGUGUGCUAGUUUGUUAGAGCUAGCUAGCCACCCCACGUGUUUGUUAGCUAGCUGUAUCUAGCUUGACAGGACUUUUCCCCAAUGCGACACAGAUUGCUUUGGGAAUGAUGACCAUCAGGAUAUUUAAAUGUCUAUCACUUACUCUGUCUGUCUGUUUCAUUAGGAGUGAGCCUAUCCAAAAAACAGGCUUUCAACUUCUGUGAGAUGAACUGCCUGAGCAGGGACCAGGAAGUCUGUGUCCUGGGCUGGGGAGAUCAACAUGAGACUGAGGUGUGUGUGUGGGGGCUCUAGAGAGUUUUGUUUAUUUUUUUGUGUUGGCUAAGAGUGCACAUAGGUCUGAAUGUUGGCAUCAUGAGUGGUGUGCCAUUGUGUUAUUUACCUGAGUGUGUGUUUGUUCUAGGUGCUGGUGGGGUCUGUGAAUGGCACAGUGAAGACGUUUAGCACAGAGAAGGGUAUCUUCACUGAGACCAGACAGUGUGGGGAGAGCACCCAGGGCAGGUUCACAGGACUUGCCGUCACAGACAGGUAUAGUCAUGUAGAUGAAAACAUGCUCAUAAUAACACCACACAGGAGUUCUUGUUCAUGCACACUGUCAUUACACACCAGCAGCUCAGGGGUCAUGUGUUGAGGAUACUGGGGUGUAUUCAUUAGUCGCAGGUCGUAGUACAACGUUUGGGCUGUUUCAACGUUUUGUAACAAACUAUUUACUCUAAACAGAAAACGUUUUGCAACUAAAACUAUUUUCUAUUGGACAAAUCCUGCUAGGUCCCUUCCCGUUUCGUUCCGUUUGCUUCUGUUUGGUUCCUACAGUAAACUGUUUCCAUUGCAAAACGUUUUGCAACAAGCCAAAUGUUUUGCAACAUUCUGAGACUAAUGAAUACACCCCUGAUGUUGACACUGGACUACUCACUCCCUGUGUGUCUCUGCAGUGCUCUGAUCACAUGUGUGGAGACGGGACUGCUGAGGGUCUGGAAGGAGGGCAGCACAGACACAGUGAGUGACUUUGCCAGAAUACCACUCAGGCCCCCUAGGGGUUGUUACAUUGCUGAUGGAUACUAGAUACUUAUUAAUGAAUAAGGUUCACUGUCUGCCUUUUUGUGCACUGCCAGUUCCUUGAACAUAACCCCUGUCCCUAUAUCCAGGUUGAGAUAAAUGCUGGGACUAAUGUUUGUCGGAUGCGUCAGAAUCCCUCGCAGCGCAACCAAGUGGCCACAGGAGGGAAGGAGAACGGCCUGAAGGUCUGGGAUCUGGAGAGGCCUGAAACACCCAUCUUCACCUCCAAGAAUGUAAGAGUAACAACUACAUGUCAAGGAAUUACAGUGGGAUUGUCUACAUAGUAUGUUAUUAUUUUUAGGUGAUGUUGCAUUAACACAGUGCUGUGGUUUUUGAUGUUGCAGGUGCGUAAUGACUGGCUGGACUUGCGAGUGCCAGAGUGGGUCAGAGACAUGGCCUUCAUCCCAGACUCCGACAAGAUCGUCACCUGCACAGGCCACCACCAGGUCUGUCUGAAUGUCUGCCUCUUCCUGUACAAGCCCUGCUCUUAGACUGGGUCUGCUGGUCUUCUCAGCCACUGACCCAGACCUGGCGCACAAUACUCAAAUGAUACAUUCAGCAGCAGUUUGGUCAGUAGUGUGAAAAUGGACUCUUAAAGGUUUUAAAAGUCCCUUUUAAGAUUUUAAUUAAUAUUGUUCAAGUUCAGGUACCAGGAUGUAUGACUUCGAUCAUUGCUACAUAAGCAAACAAGUAAACAUCACAUCUCUUUGCCUCCUAUAUCUAAUGACGUAACAAAAGCCAUCUAUUUUUACUCAUCUGUUUGUUCUCUCUCUGUUAGGUGCGAGUGUAUGACCCAGCCUCUCCCCAGAGGCGUCCGGUUCUGGAGGCUCAGUUUGGGGAGUACCCCCUCACAGCCCUCUCCCUCCCUUCCAACCAAGACAGUGUUGUAGUGGGCAACACGCAUGGAGAACUCGCCAUCUUAGAUUUGCGUAAAGGUGAAUGAGGCAGAGGAUCAUGUUAACUUGUUAAAUGAUUGUGCAGUUGCUUAGCGAUCUGCUUCAGAACUUUUCCAUGUCAGCCUCUAUCUUUUUGUCCAUGUAUUUAUUUGCCGUAAUUGUCAUUGUACUACAUUAGAGAGGCAUUUGCUAAAUGUGCUCUUUGAAGCAUCUGUUUAGCUUUAUUGUUAUGCCUGUAGCGAUCAUAAUUAUUAUAUUCUGAUAGUCAUGGAAAGAGGGAGCUUUUUUGUGUGUGCGAGUGCAUGUUGCGUGAGAGCUUCUCUCCUUGACUACAGAGUGUGUUGGUUGUCUAACCCUCCCUCCUCCUCUCCUCCAUCCGCUGCAGGUCUGGUGCGUGGGUGUUUGAAGGGGCUGGCAGGAGGGGUGCGGGGGCUGCAGUGCCACCCUUCUCUCCCUCUGGUGGCUUCCUGUGGUUUGGAUCGUUUUCUGAGGGUACACAGCCUGGAGGACCGCUCCCUACAGCACAAGGUACACUAACACUCUCUUACACUCUUAGUACACUUGAAGUCAGCUACACAAACCGUCAUUAGGGAAGCCUCCUACAAUUGUUGUUUAGUACAGUUUUUAAAAUAAUUGUGUUCAGUUAAAGUUCAAGAUGUUCUCUCUGUCUCCCUUGCAGGUGUAUCUGAAAUCACGACUCAACUGUGUGCUUCUGUCCAGCAGAGAUCUAGAGGUAGGGGAGAAUUUAAAGUGCUAUGAAUCAGACUUUAUGAAGUACCAUACUCAUCGAAUUGACUUUCAAUGCUAUUUUUUUUACCAACACUAAUAUUUGUUGUGAUAUUACAGCGCUAUCAGAGGAUUUUCAUCAAACCUACACACAUGACACCUGACAUGACACAUGUCGUGAUGACAUGACACCUGUCAUGACACCUGUCAUGCAUAUAUUUUCUCAUGUAUUAUGCACUACAUAAAAUUGUUGAUUUAACCAUCUUUGUAUCAAGUUGACAUGAUUGGUAUAUCAAACAACAAAAUGUACUUUUGCUGUGAAUAUUUGUGAAAAUGUGAUAUUGCUGCAACAUUAUACUGUGGUAUGUUUACAGUCUCUCUCUGUCCUCCAUUUCAGCUGAGCAGUUCAGCAGUAACCGGAGAUGUGGAGGAAGUGAAAGAAGAGGGAGAACUGGAUGAGGUGUGGGACACUAUGGAGAUGAUCAAAGACAAGGCUAAGAAGAGAGCAACAGAGGAAGCCGUAGUUACAGCUGUAGAGAAGACUACGAAGAAAAGAAAAGUGGUAAAAUGACUCCCAGUGGAGCGCUUAAGGAAAGGACUGUGCUCUCUAUGAGAAACGCAGAAGCUCUAGAGGUCUGUUGCGGAUGUACAGACUGUUUUCCUGUUGAGUCUACUGCAAUAGCCAUAGUUUUCCUAUUAAAACUAAACUGGCUCUGGAGUUGUUUGCAUGCCCUUCUAUACCAACUUCCUUGAAAUGUAGCUAAUAAAUAUAUUUAUUAUUUUGGCAACAACUCGCAAAAAGAAAGUGUAUUGAAUGUACUAUAUCCCCAGUGCUAUUACAAUAUCUCAUAUGAACUCUGAACAUGAUUGGUUCUUGUAAGUGUGUGACAGCGAGAGUGCAA